UCUGAGACUAACGCGUGUAAAAUCGUGUGCGCUCGUGAAAAUCCCGCUCAGUAACGACGACAGACAGAGAACGCGCGACGAUUUCUGUGUUUUCUUCUAUUUCCGAGAGGUUGAGAAAAAGCCUAGCAUGUUUCCCGAGUCUUCCACAGAUUAUGGUUAUGAGGCCUGCAAAGAGACAGCUGACUGGCUGUUGGAACAGGCUCCAGUCCGCCCCCUGGUGGGCAUCGUAUGUGGCUCAGGCCUUGGAGGCCUCGCUGACAUGCUGAAGGAUCAGAAGGUUUUUAGUUACAGCAAUAUCCCCAACUUUCCAAAAAGCACAGUGCAUGGUCAUGCUGGUCGCUUGGUGUUUGGCACACUUAAAGGAAAGCCAUGUGUUUGCAUGCAGGGACGGUUCCACCUCUAUGAAGGAUAUCCCAUUCAAAAGGUCACCAUGCCCAUCCGCAUCUUUAAGCUGAUGGGCGUCGAGAUGGUCAUCUUGACGAACGCUGCAGGAGGACUGAACCAAGACUACAAAGUUGGAGACGUCAUGAUAAUUAAAGACCACAUAAACAUGCCAGGUUUCGCUGGAAAUAAUCCGUUGUGCGGACAAAACGAUGAUAGGUUUGGAAUUCGUUUCCCGUGCAUGUCUGAUGCCUAUGACAAGCAGAUGAUUCAUCUGGCUCAUGAUGUGGGUGUUGAGCUCGGCUACUCUCACUUCAUUAAAGAAGGUGUGUAUUGUGUGCUCGGCGGGCCGUCGUUCGAGACCAUCGCUGAAUGCAGAAUGCUUAACCGCCUGGGUGCCGAUGCUGUGGGAAUGAGCACAGUCCAUGAGGUGAUAGUGGCCCGCCACUCUGGAAUGCGAGUCUUCGCCCUCUCCCUUAUAACCAACAAGGCUGUAAUGGAUUAUAACUGCGAAGAGAAGGCCAACCACGAGGAAGUCCUGCAAACGGGAGAGCAGCGCUCGCAGCAGCUUGUGAAGCUGGUCUCCACCAUCGUGUCUCGCAUGACACAGCCUAAUGACUUGUAACCCUGAGGUGUACGCUGACUAUAAAUAGAUUAACACUCCUCUCUUUAUUUAUAUAAUUCUAUUCCAACAAGAUCACCAUUAUGAUCUAUGCUUUGCACUCACACCACCUAAUCCUUAAAAAACUGUUAAAACUUUCUUAUACUGUACUUUUCUAUGUUUACAUUCAUAAUGGAAAGAAUUCUGAGAGACCUUCAGUGUCAUAAACGGUGAUAUCGGAAUAGGGUGUGUGUUUCCAAAUAAUGUAGAAAUGCUUGAAAUGAUUAAUUUGUUAACUUGACAUGUCCCUUAUACCAGAAUAUUUAUUAAAACAUCUUUGUUCCAAGUGUAACUUAAGCUGAGUGAUGAUGAAGGGGGAAAGGUUUUAUCUUAUUUAUUUAUUUUUUCUUAAAUACUGAAGUCUUGCUAUUGGAUAUCAAUGCUAGCCUGUAAAAUCAAAUGUAACAAUAUACAUUAAGUUAAAUAUUUUUUACAAAGUGUAUUUACAAAAACACGCAAUGUAAAGUGAUGGGACCAUUUUGUGAAAGUGAAUUUAAUUCACAAAUUUUAAAAUAAAAUAAAAGGCUGUAAGAUCA